UCAGUACACGUUAUUCGAUUCAAAAAAAGUACCCAACUUGGGUCUUCCGUUUUUACCGUUCCUGCCGAAAUUACUCCAAACUUGAAUAAACCAUAGAGUCUCGAAUAGAAUGGUUUAAUUAUUGGAAAAUAAACGUUCGCAUAUCGUACGUACAAUCCGCUCUUAAUUAAUUGAACCAUGCAAGGAAACGAUGUUUAUAAGAACACGCGACGAUCGUAAAAGUUCACUGUGAGUUAGGUGAGUGAAAUUGCGGGGCACCUAAUGAAUACGGCCGCAUUGGUCAUUCGAUUUGGUUUUAUUUCAACGUACAACAAAGUUCGAACGACGCGAGCUAUGUCUACGAUGAAGAAUCUUUUGAUAGUGCAAUGCCUGUUGGGCAUUACUCUCGUAUCUGCGGUUCCGGUUGACCAGGGUGGAUCUCAAUUUGGCAAUGAUGAUUCGAGCGAAGACACAUCUAGCUUUGAGCAAUGGUUCUACAGGAGGCCCAUUGGCUGGAAUCCGUUUUUUAGAAACCAGCCGUUUGUCGAUUACACAAACUACGGAGAUAAUGUUCCAGAGCUCAAUUUGAUGAUAAUCAUCACUGAUUUCGAGAAUCCAGAGUCCGAAGACGAGAGUUACGAGUGUGACGAAGAGUUUGAUUCGCCCGAAACUUACGUUUACACCGACGAAAAGAACGAUGAAAUUUCGAACCAACGGGGUAGUGGUGUUCCACUUCCUCCACAAGCAAUAAACUGGAAUAGCGAAACAGGUUUCGUUCAAGUUCCCGAACCACCUACGAAAAAUGAUUAUGCAGAUGCAUUUUUGAACCACGAAAUCACCAAUAUCGAAGAACCUUUAUCGACCCUCCCAAACCCGCCGGGAUAUGAUCAAACGGAAGUUUUUAAAAUUGACGAUCAUUCUUCAGGAAACUACGAACCAUCUGAAAAUAUUGACAAACCACUAGUCUAUGAUGCUUACCAACCGCCAAGUGAUCAACAACACCCCGAAUCUGGACACACGCUCAGCCAGGCUGAUGAUGAUUUCGAUAGUUGGUUAUUCGACGACUCCGACGACUCACAAUCAGAUAACAGUGAUAGUGUUUCUGAUAGUGAUUCCGUCGAUUAUUAUGAUGACGAUUCCGAUGAUGAUUCCAAUGACAAUUCCAAUGAUGAUUCAGACGAUGAUUCCGAUGAUGAUUCCGAUAAUGAUUCCGACGAUAGCUCCUAUGAUUAUUUGAUUGAUGAUUCAGACAGUGAUGAUGAUUAUUAUUCAUCCGGAGAUUAUAAUUCUGACGACACUAAAGGUCAAUCUUCCGAUUUCCGACGUCCAUGGUGAUGAUCCCAACUUUACGGGAGAUUGACUUACCCAUGGCUAUGUUAGCUCAUCGACAGUGAAUUUUUCACCUUACAUCAUUUAGCUUCUCAUCCAUAAAAUGUUAUUCCAGGUUAACGAAGUUAAACUUAAUCGCAGCACUGCGAUCAUCGAAGAGGAAUAUUUCGUGUUAUUUUUGUAUUCAAUAAAGUUUCAUAGUUUUAGAAAA